AACUUUUCCUACCAUUACGCUGUACUAAAGAUUUAACUUCGUUCGUUGAAUUUUUUAAUAACACAUGUUGAUUUUAAACCUCGAAUGGAAAACGCAGUAAACUGUUCUAGUAUUGUUGGCAGGCAUAUAACUUUUCAACCAUUAUCUCAGACAAUUCGUAAAGAAAUUUCGGACGUAUAAAAACAAUUAAAUAUUUUUCUGCAAAUUGUGAAUAACUUGAAAGAAAUACAAUAACCAAUUCGCUAUCUUACUAAAAUAAAGGUAACAAGAAAUUAAAAUAUUUAAAGUGGAAGCCGAAAUGGAUUCAAGCGAUUUAAGUGAUUCGAAUGAUUCGAGUGAUUCCAGCAAAUCGAGCAAUUCAUCGAAUGAGAGUAUAGUGUCGAUUAUAUGGAAUGCACCUAAAAUAAAAGUAGCUGAAUCUAGCGAUUUAAUUGAUGAAAUAACUUCUGAAGAAUCUGAAACGACUGACGACUGCGAUAAGGAACAGCUCAGUGAAGAAGCUCUAGAAAUUAAAAUAACUGCUUCAUCAGUAACAAUUGCAACAGCGAAACCGAAUGAGGCAAUAGAUGAAAACCCAAUUAAAGUGUCUGCAAUAAUUGAUGAUAUAAACGUAAGCACAAACCGUGAAGAAGUUCGACAAAUUCCAGCAACAAAAGAUAUUACAGAAUCGGGAAAACAGCAAAAAAUUUGUGCAGUAACCUCGAUAAAUGUUCCCCAUGUGUGGGAAGCAGGUCGUGGAAUUUGUGAGGCUCUCGGUUUGGAAGUGGUAAAUGAAAUAGUGACGGAAAAGAAAGAAACCGUUCAAUGUGAUCCGGCCAAACUAGAAGCUGAGGAAGCUAAAGUGAAAGACAUUGAACUGGCCAGAACACUGGAGAAACGAGAAAGUUCGAAUGCAUUUUAUGACGCUGAUGCAAGCAAGUCAUCUGAGAAUAAUUUCCCAAAUGCAUCUGAUGCAUUAGAAGUUCAGAAAGAAGAUGAAACAAAUAGUAUACAUUCAGAAACUGAUACAUUGACCAUAACAGACGAGGCUACGGCAAUCGAUACAUCAACAGAUACGGCAUCAAGUGUAUAUUUGUCUGAAGAUGGCAUGAGUCUCUCACUCGAAAUGACGAUGACGACAAUUGAUGACAAAAAUAUUGGGGAUAAAUCUGGAAGUUGGCCACGUUAUUUCAAUGAAAUGAACUAUAAACCCAUGGAGUCGCAAUCAUAUAAAAACAUUGAUUUGGCAGCAGCCCAGAAAAUCUGGAAGACCUUCAAAGAUGAAGACUACGUCAAUGGAUUUGAAAAUAAAAAUAUUCGUGUCCCUCUUCGACCAUUUUUCACAUAUAUGAAAGCACCUGAAGACAAGGGCCAAGUGCUAAUCGCACCACCGAAAAUCACAUUGGAACACAUUGCUAGCGAGAUGCUGGAAAAUAAUUAUGGCGCCUAUAUGCAUGUGGAGAUUGGAAAACAUGUCUUCGACUGCAUACCCAGACUGCUGAAGAUUUAUUCGAAGUGGUUUGAAAGACUCAACAGAAACAUCAUUGAAGUUAUGCUCGACGAACGCGAUGUGCCGCCCAAAGGUUUUCGCGCGAUCUACAAAUGGAUGCGCACUCAGAAGACGAUCAAAAAGAAACAUUUGGUCAAGGCAAUGCAAGGAGCCAAAUAUUUGCAAAUCGAUACACUAGAGAUGGAGUUGUGGGAUCUCUUGAGUGAUCCCGAAAUACGCGAGAGGGCGGCAUUCGAUCUGUUCGCGAGUGCCGGCAAUCUGAGCCUUCUUGAUGAUUUCCGUCCUCUGAUGGCGGGUCGCGUUCGCAACUAUUUCUUGCCUCUUGUCGCCAGCGAUGAUUUCGUGAAACUUCAGCCACAACAGUUGAUUGUUUUGCUUAAGGCGACCACACUUGGUGUCAAUUCGGAAAUUGAAGUGCUAUAUGCGGCAGUGCGUUGGAUACUCCACAGAACCCAAGAUCGUCUGCCUCAUAUGCAAGAAGUCAUGCAGUCGCUGCGAUUCAUCUAUAUGCCAAUGGGAUUUUUGUUUUCUCUACGCGGUGGUACGCUAGGGAAGGCAACCGAUGACAUCAAUACGCCAGACUAUGUGCUCUUGGAGUUUAGCAAGGAUCGCAUAUUACAAAAUCGUUUAUCUGAAGCCAUGUCCUUUAUAGGCAUGGAUAUGCAGGGUGACGAGGAGACGGACACGGAUACCGAGGGUUUUGGGAAGCGAGCACUGGCCAGGAAACAGGAGUCACCUCGUCGCUGGAUUUACUUCCCAAUGUGCAAAUAUCAUAUGCCAUACGUUGUCUAUCCCUAUGCACAUCACUUCAAGUAUGCUCAAUUUAUCGAGUUCAUUAGCUCGAUGCAGUUGGAUUGGAUGGCCGAAGCGAAGUUUGUUAAUUCAGAGCAUGACAUUGAAGCCUGAAAAAGUCCUAAAAUAUUGCUAUGUAAAAUAAAAUAAAGCUUAAAAGAAAUUCGAAUGCCAAAUUUAGUUGGUCAAGUAACCAAGUAAACAUGUUGACUGUGGAGUAGGAGACUCAGUUGAUUGUGGAGUAGAAGACUCUGUUGAUUGUGGAGUAGACGACUCUGUAGACUGAGGCGUAGAAGACUCAGUUGAUUGAGGCGUAGAAGACUCAGUUGAUUGAGGAGUAGAAGACUCUGUUGAUUGUGGAGUAGACGACUCUGUAGACUGAGGCGUAGAAGACUCAGUUGAUUGAGGCGUAGAAGACUCAGUAGAUUGAGGCGUAGAAAACUCUGUUGACGAUUUCAACAAACAUACAUACAGUCGUCCUUAGCUGAACAGAAGACCCCAUCCUCUACACUACAAUAAUAGCCAUCAGGACAUGCCAUUGUAGAAUCGGGAUCAACGACACUCGUGCCAUAGCAGACUCCAUAAGUGAACUCAUCCACGCAAGCAUAGACAAGGCCGCUCCUAGUGCAUUUUUUGAUUUCCACAAGCGCUUCUACAACAGUUGAUACGAAUUUUAAAACAUUCUGCACUGCAAAUGGAAAUGGAAAUUUCAUAAAUGAUGAUGAUCCUACCUGUACAACAUAUAUCUUUUGCUAUAGGAAUAGAGGAGCGGUAAAGGAGUGCGAUGUAGUUAAAGAUAAGCAAGGAUACUUUAACGGUGAUGAAUGUGUGUAUGAGAAGCCAGCCACUUGUACAUAAUAUGUGAAAUUGGAGUAAAACAUAACUAUAUAUAAUUUGUUCUUUUGAAAGAAAUAAAAAGAAUGAAAAAUAUAUAAAUAAAACCAAAAAAUGUGUCAAACAUGUAUCCAAAUUAAUUAAAAAUAAAUAUAUCU